AUGAUUUCUGGCGUAGUAUGGCAUUUCGUUGCAUUCGUUUAUUAUGCGAAUGCUGCAUGCGAAUAUGAUCGUGCCACGCGCCCUAAGUUUUCCGAUCCGAUUAAUGCAAAACGUAUGCGAAUUGCUCACGGAGAAGAUGGUUUUAGCGGAAAAAAUAUUUACAAAAUAUUCUAUGAUUGUACAUUUGAAGAAGGAGCGAAAAAUUGGGCAGCUCAGUGCACCCCACAGUUUUCUUCAUCAUCUUAUAGAAUAACUGAAGGCGAAACCUUUUUCGCAACAGAUCCUAAAAAUUCUCUCGAUGAACUAAUGAAUGCGGCUGCUGAUGCAUGGUACUCGGAAAAGAAUCAAUCAACUAGCAAUAUCUUCACACAGGAAGAUGAAACGAAAAGACCGAAUUUCGCACAAGUAAGUACUUCCGCACAAAUCGCCUGGGGAAAAACAUCAAGAAUCGCUUGUGCAGUUAAUAAAGACUGUGUAAUCAAUGGAAAAAAGCAAGAUUUCGUUGUUUGCCGUUAUUGGCCGCGUGGUAAUAUUGUUAAUGAAAAAAUUUUCGACGAAGGUCGUGGAUGUAACACAACUGCCGAUUGCGAUGCAUUUCGAGAAACAAAAUGUCUACCAGAUCAAGGAUUAUGCAUUAAUUUUACACCCGAUUAA